CGUUGGCGCGAGAUCCGAACGUCGGCGGCAGUAGUUCUGGCGUUUGCUGAGGUGUCUGGAGCCUGAGCUGGCGUCCUGCCGGCUUGGUCCCCUCAGCGGCCAUGAGGCGGACAGGCCCCGAGGAGGAGGCCUGCGGCGUGUGGCUGGACGCGGCGGCGCUGAAGAGGCGGAAAGUGCAGACACAUUUAAUCAAACCAGGCACCAAAAUGCUAACACUCCUUCCUGGAGAAAGAAAGGCUAGUAUUUAUUUUACUCAAAGAAGAGCUCCAUCUACAGGCAUUCACCAGAGAAGCAUUGCUUCCUUCUUCACCUUGCAGCCAGGAAAGACAAAUGGUAGUGACCAGAAGAGUGUUUCAUCUCAUACAGAAAGUCAGCUCAACAAAGAGUCCAAGAAAAAUGCGACCCAGCUAGACCAUUUGAUCCCAGGCUUAGCACAUGAUUGCAUGGCAUUCCCUUUAGCCACUUCAACCACUGCAGACAUCCAGGAAGCUGGACUCUCGCCUCAGUCCCUCCAGACUUCUGGCCACCACAGAACUGAGCUAUCUUUGCUCCAGUCUGAUACUCUAGACUGUGCUGGAGAGAGUAAUACCCCAUUGGCUUUUUCCUUCACUGAGGACUUGGAAAGUUCUUGUUUGCUAGACCAAAAGGAAGAAAAAGGGGAUUCUGCCAGGAAAUGGGAAUGGCUUCAUGGGUCUAAGAAGAACUAUCAGAGUAUGGAGAAACACACCAAACUACCUGGGGACAAAUGCUGUCAGCCCUUAGGCAAGACUAAAUUGGAAAGAAAGAUGUCUGCCAAAGAAAACAGGCAGGCCCCUGUCCUCCUUCAAACAUACAGGGAAUCCUGGAAUGGAGAAAACAUAGAAUCAGUGAAACAAAGCUCUUGUCCGGUUUCUGUGUUUUCCUGGGACAAUGAAAACAAUGACAAGGACUCCUGGAGUCAGCUUUUCACUGAAGAUUCUCAAGGUCAGCGGGUCAUUGCCCACAACACUAGAGCUCCUUUUCAAGAUGUAACGAAUAACUGGAAUUGUGACUUAGGGCUGUUUCCUGAUAGUUCCUGGGCUCAGUGCCAGGAGGAUGGGCCAACUCAAAAUCUGAAGCCUGAUUUGCUCUUUACCCAGGACUCUGAAGGUAAUCAAGUUAUCAGGCACCAAUUCUAAAUGUUUUGAAGCUUUCUUCCUAAAAGUACCUUGAAAUGACAGAGAUGUAGGAAAAUACAGUUGUGGGUGGAGAGACGAGUGAGUUUGUUUAGGUGGGAAGGUGGCAUGGGAUGCAGUUAUCAUUACUGAGCAUCUUCCCUAUGUAAAUAAAGGGCAGUACCAUUGUUAAGACA